AUGUACGGCCAGUGCGACCCCUACGUCAAGAUGACCUGUGGCGGGGUGACACACCAGUCCACAGUCAAGCGAAACAGCACGCACCCGACCUGGGGCGAUGAUGAGAACAAGUUUACAUUCAAGGCAUCCGAUUGCCAAGUUGAGAUGCUCUUCAUCGAGGUGCGGAACGCCGGACGGGAUGAGCUGAUCGGCCGGGUUGAUGUUCCCCUCAGGAGCUUGCCGUCCAUGACAUGGGAAGAGCGCCGGCAGUUCUUGCAGAAUGGAGGUGAGGUGGAGUUCCGCGUGGCCUUGUACCCCGAGCGCGCGGCUGCGAACCUGCGUCCUCAACCUGGCUUGGGGAUGGGCCUGGGCGGCCCCAUGGGCGGCCCCAUGGGCCCCAUGGAGCAGCCUCCGCCGGCCUACCCCGAAAAGCCCCGGCCACCUUCGCCUCCGGCCCGUGACCUUGGGCCCAGCCUGAUGGGAGAGUAUGACUUCCGAGCUCCUAUGGAGCGCAGACCUAUGGACGAGGAGCCACUUCUGGAGAACAUCUUUGGCAAGCCUAACCUCUUUGCGGCUAUGCCGGACCUGAUGUCGCAGCUCUCGACAAAUGCACCGACUGGCUUCCACGAAGUGCUGCCUGCCAUCCCACAAGUGGGGGGCCUUUCGACGCCGGCGCUAGGAGGACUCGGCACACCAGUCUCCGGCCUGCCCGCCCCAGCGUCGACGGCUAUGCCGGCCCCAGCAGCUGCGCCUUCCACGAGCAGGUUGGGCGUGGCAUCCUACACACCGCCUCCGGCCGCCUGUUUCACUCCGCCCUCCCUGUUGCCCACGGCGGAAGUGGGCAGAACUGCAUCUCGAGGCCUGUCCCUCGAGGGCUACUACUCUACUGGUGGCAUGGCAGCCGCGACGAUGAACACUGCAUCCACAGCUGUGCCAACGCCCCAGGUGCCUGGGAGCUACACGUACAGCACGCCUUCUCCCUUCACCUACAGUCAGGCCCAGCCUAGUCAGAGUGCCUUGGGCUCCAAUCUCAAUGCCGCUUCCUACACCUACAGCUCCAGCGGGACGCCUUUCACUGGUUACAGCCAGCAGAUCAUUUCAGGCCAGACAUCACAGAGUGCUUUGGGCGCUGACCUGGCAUCGUACACCUACACUGCACCGAGCUACACCACCUCUGCAGCUCCCGCAUCGUUGACUAGCUACACCCCGCAGGGCCAAAUUAUUGGUGCAACGGCGCAGAAGGCAUUGAACGCGGAUCUCAGUGCGGGUGCAUACACCUACACCACCUCGGCUCCCACGGCCUUGUUCACUGGUUACAGCCAGCCAGGACAAAGCACAGGU